AUGAGCUUGCCAAAACCUGGAAGUGGAGCUGAAAGAGGGUAACUUGUUGUUUUUGUUUAAAUUAGGGAAGUAUGUGCUUGUUUUGGGACCUGUUGCGCAAGUUUUGAAUUAAUUUGGUCGUUUGCAGUUCAUUCGCUUAUAAUUCUAUCAAAGAUCGUUGGCCGAGAAUCUUGACGAAGAUUAUCGACCAGUUACAUCAGAAACAUGAUUACAUGGUCAAAACCUACGGUGAGGUGAGUUGUUUUUUGUUUACUUUGUUACCUAAACGUUAAAAGUAGCGAAGACAGGCGGUCAAACUGUAUUGUUUUUUAAAGUUGUCUACUAAUUUAUUGAAGGUUAAUUUUUGUUGUUUGUGAUGAUAUUGUACAAUAUUUGUUUCAGACUGGAAACUCUGACGUUAAAGAUGUUAUUCAUCAGAUCUCAAGACUCCGUUAUUUAAUUGCGACUGAUAAACCAUUGGAGUACUUGGAUACAGAAGAGAACGACAAAGCUGUUUGGAACGAUGCUAUUGACAGUUUUAAGAAAAAGGUUUGAUUUGCAUUUUAAAACAUUUUUAAGGAUUGUAAACUCUAUAUUAAUAUAACUAAUUCUAAUUUUUAAGUUAGGAGAAGGUAACGUAUCAUGGUACAAAACUCCAUGGUUGUUCACCGAAUGUUACAUGUACAGACUGCUGCAUGAGUUCUUCUUGAAGUCGCACAACAUCAAAGAUUAUGAUCCAUUCAGGAUUGAAAAGGAAAAGGGAUUCUUUGACAGGUAAUUAGUUGUUUUUAUUUUUUGCGUAAUACUUUAUCCAAGAAAAACCAUUUCUGUUUAGUGAAGCCCAUCUGAUCGCCCUAGGCACAGAAGUUGUGAAGCUAGCAAACGAAGGCCCAGCUACUGAUCUGAAGACUGCCAUAUCAAAACACUUACAGAUUUGCUUAUGGGGUAACAAGGCGGAUCUCUCCUUGACCGGUGGCGAUCCUCACUUUAUGGCCGAUACCUUAUUCAAAGAACUUGACGAUCUAAGGGGAAAUAUUCUGGUUGAUCAUCUUGAUCAAGUGUCUGAAUUCUUGGAGAAGCUGGACAAAAAAGGAACAGUCGAUAUUGCGAUGGACAAUGCUGGACUAGAAGUUUUCACUGAUUUUUGUUUGGCCACUGUCUUGAUUUCUCAGAAUUUGGCCAGUAAAGUCAUCUUUCACGGCAAAGCAUUUCCGUGGUAUGUUUCUGAUGUAACCGAGUACGACUUCCAUUGGACGGUCAAGCAGACGGCUGAACACAAGGAUUCUUAUUUGUCGACUCUUGGUAAACUCUGGCAGAGUUAUGUCAAGAAAGUAAGCUGUUUUACAACGCAGUUAUAUUGACUUUUUGUUUUUAAUAAUUGUUUUGACAUUUAUUGCGUACUUUUGUCAUUUAUAUGAUUUUUUGUGUAAUGUAGGGUUUGAGUUGUGUCUUCAUAGUAAGAAUGACUAUUUUGGGUUUUAGGGAUUGUUCGAGUACCAAACUGGAGAUUUCUAUACUUAUGGCUUUCCUUACUCUGAAAUGAAGAGCUUGAGCCCACAAGUUUAUGAAACUUUGGGCAAAUCUUCUCUUCUGAUCUUCAAAGGUGAUCUGAACUACAGAAAAUUGGUCGGAGAUCUUCAUUGGGAUCCAACAACUUCAUUCAAGGUACGUGUUGGAUAAUAGCCUUCUUUUCUAUAGUAUUUUUAACUUUACAUGUAGUGGUAGAUUAAUUACUGUUUUAGGAGACCAUUCGCGGCUUCGAGCCUACCAACUUUGUCUCUCUUCGUACAUGCAAAGCUGAGACAGUAGCGGGAUUGUCAAAAGAAGCCUACGACAAGGUGGCCAAGAAGUUUGGAAAAGACACGACCUGGAUGGUGAGUAGUGACUACGCCGUGGUACAAUCAUUUUUCAAGAACUGA